GAUGCCCUUGAGUCCAUCAUCCAAAUCGUUGAUAAAGAUGUUGAAUAAGACCGGGUCCAAGACAGAACCCUGUGGCACCCCACUAGUCACUCUUCUUCAGGAUGAAGAGGAACCAUUGAUGAGCACCCUUUGGGUUUGGUCAGUCAGCCAGUUACAAAUCCACUGAGUGGUAGCAUAGUCAAGACCGCAUUUUACCAGCUUCUUUACAAGAAUAUCAUGGGGCACCUUGUCAAAUGCCUUGCUGAAAUCAAGGUAGGCUACAUCCACUGCGUUCCCUUCAUCUACCAGGCUUGUAAUUCUGUCAAAAAACGAGAUCAGGUUAGUCUGACAUGGCUUAUUUUUCAGAAAUCCAUGCUGACUAUUGGUGAUCUCCUUUGGGUCCUUUUGGAUAUUGGCAGUGGGAUAAUAACAACAGCUAUUUCUCACCUUUUCAGGAGUUUGUCCAGCUGUCUAAAAGCCUGCUCGGCGACCCAUUUCUUCACAAAGAGAUUGUAAUGAAGGCAAAGGAGUACGUCACAAAGCACCACUCAUGGGAACACGAAAGGAAAGCAUAUCAGAACCUUGUUCUGAUGCUUCAGUGA